ACGGUGGUAGUGGGAGGCUGCGCCAGUGUCCGCGCCCUGCUCUCCGCAGGCCCCCUCCCAGAAUGGAGCCCAGGUUGAGGCGGCGGGGCAGUUGCCGCCCGUUGGUCUCCCCUUUUUUGCGCGACCCGGGCUCGGGUCGCGUCUACAAGCGCGGGAAACUGAUCGGCAAGGGCGCCUUCAGCCGCUGCUAUAAGUUGACGGACUUGUCUACAAGCAUCGUGUUUGCUGUCAAGGUGGUGCCGCGCCGUGGGGCUGGAGCCAGGGGUCUGCGCCCCUGCGGAAAGGUGGAGCGAGAGAUUGCCCUGCACAGCCGUCUGCGACACCGCAACAUCGUGGCCUUCCAUGGACACUUUGCUGACCGUGACCAUGUGUAUAUGGUGUUGGAGUACUGCAGCCGCCAGUCUCUGGCCCACGUGCUGGAGGUGAGGCAGACCCUGACGGAGCCCGAAGUGCGCUACUACCUGCGGGGCCUGGUCAGCGGCCUGCGCUACCUGCACCAGCAGCAUAUCGUGCACCGAGACCUAAAGCUCAGUAACUUUUUCCUGAAAAAGAACAUGGAAGUAAAGAUCGGGGACCUGGGGCUGGCUGCCAAGGUGGGGCCAGGGGGCCGAUGCCACAGAGUGCUCUGUGGGACUCCAAACUUCCUGGCCCCAGAGGUUGUCUCCAGGAACGGGCACUCCUGUCAGUCAGACAUCUGGGCUCUGGGCUGCAUCAUGUACCUGGUGCUGACUGGCUCCCCUCCCUUCGAGGCAGCUCCCCUGUCAGUGAUGUAUGAAAACAUCCUAGCCAGCCGUUAUCCGGAGCCUACCCACCUGUCACCAAACGCCUGUCGCCUCAUCUCGCGCUUGCUGGCACCCAACCCAGCCGAGCGGCCCAGCCUGGACCACCUACUGCAGGACAACUUCUUCACACAGGGUUUCACUCCAGACCGGCUGCCACCCCACUCCUGCCACAGCCCGCCCAUCUUUGCCAUUCCCCAGCCUCUGGGUAGGCUUUUCCAGAAGGUGGGCCAGCUGCUGCUGAGCCAGUGCCAGCUACCCUGCCCCCGUACUCCCAAUGAGGCCUCAUGUCCAGGAGAAGAUGGUUCAGACCCUGACUCCAUGGAGUUGGGCAUUGAGGCUCCCCUGCUAGAGAAAGGGGCUCCCCAACCUGAGGUCUCAGUCUACCUGCUCAACCAAGGGACCCUCCAGAGUGACCCCGCUGGGCCUGUGGGGAGCUCAGUGCAGGAGGUGGAAGAGGCCAUUAGAAACCUGCAGCUCUGCCUGGACCCUGGGCCUCCAGCCAUGCAGGGACCCCCAAGGGAACAGCGGUCCAUCCUCUGGGCCCCCAAGUGGGUGGAUUAUUCCAGCAAGUAUGGCUUUGGCUACCGGCUCUCGGACGGAAGCAGUGGUGUCCUGCUUCGGGAUGGCACCCACAUGGCCCUGCGCCCCCCAGGGGGCCAAGUCAGCUAUAUGCCUGACCGAGGGAAGCUGGAAACAUUUGCCCUGAGGGACAUGCCAAGCCCGCUGGGUGCCAAGUUGGCCGUCUUGCGACUCUUUGCUGGCUACAUGCAGCAGCGGCUGCAAGAGGAGGGGGGCCUGCCUGUGCCCACCGAGUCUGCUAGCCCCAGCCUCUGCCUGCUGCGCUUCCUUGUGUCCCAGCAGGUCCUGCUGCUAUUCUUCAGUGAUGGGACAGUGCAGGUCAGCUGCAGUGGAGACCAGGUUCAGCUGGUGCUGAGCGGUGGGGGCGAAGAGUUGCUGCUCACGGUCUGGGAACGGGGCCAGCCUGGUACCUCCUACACUCUGGGGAUGUUGCGGAGCCACGGUUGUCCCCCAGCUGCUCGCCAGCACCUGCUUCAUGCUCUCUGCAUGCUGAAGAGCAUCUAGCGCCCCCUAGCGUCAGACUGGACCUCUGCAUGUUGAUGCCAGGGACGCAGGCCCAUUUCUGUUGCUCCAGAGGGGAUGUUGGUGGGGAGUAUGCAGGUGCAUGGGAGGCGGGGGGUUCUUGCCUCAUGGACUGACUG